UGAGUACGGGUGCCCGCUGGGAUAUGACCAGGCGGUGAAACGCGAAGCGGGCCUCGGCAGCAGGAGCCCGUAGAUAAUGACUGACGUGGAAAAGUGUGAGAGCCGAAGUUCAGGGGAGCGAAGAGACUCGAGCUGAAAACCUCCCCCCCCUCCGCGUGUGUGUGUCUCCGGCUGAGCUCAACCCCACGAUGAGUCUGGACAAAGCGCAGCUCUGUGACUCGCUGCUAACCUGGUUGCAGACGUUUCAGGUGCCAUCGUGCAGCAGCAAGUAUGACCUGGCAAGCGGAGUGGCCAUUGCACAUGUGCUGAACAGAAUAGACCCCUCUUGGUUUAAUGAGGCAUGGCUCGGCAGGAUCAAGGAGGAGAGCGGGGCCAACUGGCGCCUCAAGGUCAGCAACUUGAAAAAGAUUCUCAAGAGCAUGCUGGAGUAUUAUCACGAUGUUCUUGGUCAUCAGGUGUCAGAUGAACACUUGCCAGAUGUUAACCUCAUAGGAGAGAUGGGUGAUGUCACCGAACUGGGCAAGUUGGUGCAGCUUGUGCUGGGCUGUGCCGUCAGCUGUGAGAAAAAACAAGAGCAAAUUCAGCAAAUAAUGACGCUGGAGGAAUCAGUCCAGCACGUUGUGAUGACAGCGAUUCAAGAACUCUUAUCGAAGGAACCCUCAUCUGAACCAGGAAGCCCAGAGACCUACGGAGACUUUGACUACCAGUCCAGGAAGUAUUAUUUCCUGAGUGAGGAGGCAGACGAGAAGGAGGAUCUGAGCCAACGCUGUCAGCACCUGCAACAUCAGUUGUCAGCGGCGCUGGAGGAGAAGUCGGCCCUUCAAGCGGAGACCCGCGCUCUGAAGGAGAAGCUGAACCACCGCGACUCUCUGGACACCUCGUCCACUGCCAUCACUGGCAAGAAGCUGCUGCUGCUGCAGAGUCAGAUGGAGCAGCUUCAGGAGGAGAACUACAGAUUGGAGAACAGCAGAGAUGACAUGCGUGUGCGGGGAGAGAUUUUGGAGCGGGAGGUGGUCAUCCUGCAGCUUCGUAAUGAAGAGCUCACCAGCCUGGCGCACGAGGCCCAAGCCCUCAAAGACGAGAUGGAUAUUCUCAGGCAUUCGUCUGACCGGGUGAACCAGCUUGAAGCGCUGGUGGAGACGUACAAGAGGAAGCUGGAGGAUCUGGGAGACUUGCGCAGACAGGUGCGCCUCCUGGAGGAGCGCAACACCGUGUACAUGCAGCGCACCUGCGAGCUGGAGGAGGAGCUCCGCCGAGCGAACGCUGUCCGCAACCAGCUGGACACCUACAAGAGACAGGCUCAUGAGCUUCACACCAAGCACUCAGCAGAGGCCAUGAAAGCUGAGAAGUGGCAGUUUGAGUACAAGAACCUUCACGACAAGUAUGACGCACUGCUGAAAGAGAAAGAACGUCUGAUCUCGGAGAGAGACACGCUUCGGGAGACGAAUGACGAGCUCAGGUGUGCACAGGUCCAGCAGAGGUGUCUCAGUGGAGCUGGAGGCUUGUGUGACAGUGGCGACACAGUUGGAAACCUCGCUGCGGAGAUCAUGCCUACCGAGCUCAAGGAGACAGUCGUGCGUCUGCAGAGUGAAAACAAGAUGCUGUGCGUCCAGGAGGAGUCAUACAGGCAGAAACUGGUGGAGGCGCAGGCCGAGCUGGAGGAAGCUCAGCGCUGCAGAAACACCCUGGAAACACAGAACAGGUUGAACCAGCAGCAGAUCUCAGAGCUGCGUUCUCAAAUCGAGGAGCUCCAGAAAGCGCUGCAGGAGCAGGACAGCAAGACUGAAGAUGCCAUCUCCUCCUUAUUGAAGAAGAAGCUUGAGGAGCAUUUAGAGAAGCUCCAUGAAGCUCAUUCAGACCUUCAGAAGAAACGAGAGGUCAUCGAUGACCUGGAGCCCAAAGUGGACAACAGCAUGGCGAAGAAGAUCGACGAACUCCAGGAAAUCCUGCGGAAGAAGGACGAGGACAUGAAGCAGAUGGAGGAGCGGUACAAGCGCUACGUGGAGAAGGCGAAAACGGUGAUCAAAACCCUGGAUCCCAAGCAGCAGCAGGUCGCUGCCACUCCUGACAUCCAGGCUCUGAAGAACCAGCUGACGGAGAAGGAGCGAAGGAUCCACCACCUGGAGCAUGACUAUGAGAAGAACAGAGCCAGACACGACCAAGAGGAGAAACUCAUCAUUUCCGCAUGGUACAACAUGGGGAUGGCGUUGCAUCAGAAAGUGUCCGGCGAGCGGCUGGGACACUCCAACCAGGCCAUGUCCUUCCUCGCCCAGCAGCGUCAGGCCACCAACGCCAGGAGAGGCCUGAUGCGACAUCACCCGAGAUAAAAAAAA